AUGGCGCGGGUUCGAGGUAGUCGUGGGUGGCUAGGUGGGAUCCUAACGAUCUUCUUGUUCGGACUGGUCUUCUAUGAUGGGGACGCAGACAAGGCCGCCAACCUGAUGAUCCUGACUGAGGGGCUGUACGUGGAGGACUGGUCUGCUUUCGGGGCCUUCGUGGCAGCGCCAGUUGGUGGACUGCUGUGGGCGCUGGCGGCGUUCGCGGCCAGGAUUGGGUUCUGGUGGGUCAGAGCGAAGGUCAAGGGGGAGCCGUUCACCGCGCUUGAUCGCCCACACUCGUCGGCCGUCGGACUGGGUGGACGGGAUGGCGGACUGGGUGAAAAUGAUGUGUACAGAGAUGGAGAUGGGGUCGAGAGGAGUGAGACUGUGGCUGGGAAGUUCUUUUGA